AUGAGCAUCCAUGAAUCGAAGCUAGAAACUUCAGAGCACCAUGAUUUUCCUGCCGACCUGGAAGAACCCCAAGAAGAUUCGCCAAUGACAUGGCCCUGGCUCCGCAAACACGUUAUCUUGAUCCAAUGCAGUCUCUUCGCUCUAUGCCCAGGCUUCACAAGCGCCAUUCUGAUCCCAGGAUUCAAUGACGUCGCACAAGACUUAGCCAUUGCCCCACAAACAGCAACCUAUCUCGUCGCAGUCCAUGUCCUAUUCCUGGGACUGGGCCCGUUCAUCUGGAUCGUCUGCAUGAACGCCUACGGGCGCAGGCCAACCCUCAUCACAAGCAUGUUACUGUCUUGUUUUGCUGCUCUCGGCGGAGGCUUCGCGCAGACAUACGGAGGCCUCAUGACAGCCCGAGUGUUCCAAUCGAUCGGUAUCUCGGCAGGAUUUGUCCUACCCGGCGUGAUUGUGAUUGAUCUCUUUAAUGCCGAGCAGCGAGGGCGUAAGAAUGGCAUCUGGGCGCAGAUGGUGGCGAUCGGGCCGCCGCUCGGUGGUGUGAUCGGCGGGCCUGUCGUUCGGUAUGCUGGGUGGAAGUGGGUGAUGUGGCUGACCGCAAUAAUGAAUGCCGUCCAGGCAUUAUGUUUUAUCUUCACAUGCCCCGAGACCUCGUACAGUCACUGGAAACAGGGCCGCGCCCCCCUUCGACUGCGAUAUGUCUUGGAGCCGUUUCUCAUCCUUCAAGCGCCGCAUAUUUUUCUUGUUGCAUUUGCGUACGGUGUGACAUUUGCUAUUGUUUCAGUGGGACUGUCAACUGUUGUGCCUAUCGUUCUUGAAGAUGUAUACGGCUUUGGCGCGGUCGCACAGGGUCUUUUCUUCUUUGGGCCAUUGGUUGGUGCUAUUAUUGGUGAACAGCUGGCCGGUCCUGGGAGCGAUUGGAUUAUGAAGCGAGAGCGACAACGCGCUGCUGUGAUCGUGGGCGAUAGCCCGGUGUGGGUUGAGCGUCGUCUUAUCGUUGGUCUCCCUGGGCCUGUGAUGGCAGUCGCUGGAAUCUUGAUAUUUGGCUUGACGUUGCAGUACCGAACUCACUGGAUCGGGCCAUGCAUUGGGUAUGGAGUAGCAAACUUUGGGUUGCAAUUGGUUACAACUCCUUUGAAGACCUAUUGUGUUGAUUGUCUUCCUUCGCAUUCUGGUUCGGUGCUUCAGCUCGUCAAUGUUGUUCGCCAGAUUCUCUCUUUCACAGUCAUCUUGGUUAUGGGCUAG